GCCGCGUCCCGUGACGGUGCGCGGGGAACGCGCGGGACCAGGGGCGCGCACGGGGCGGGGGACGCGCGGGGUGCAGGGAUUGGGUCGUUGGCAGCGCUGAACCAUGUCCGGGUUCCUGGAGAGCCUGCGGUGCUCGGAGUGCGUGGACUGGGGCGAGAAGCGCAACACCAUCGCCUCUGUGGCCGCGGGGGUGCUGUUUUUCACAGGCUGGUGGAUCAUCAUCGAUGCUGCUGUGAAAUACCCUCAAGUGGAAGACUUCAACCAUUCCUACCACGCCUGUGGGGUGAUCGCCACCAUCGCGUUCCUGAUGAUCAACGCCGUGUCCAACGGGCAGGUGCGGGGGGACAGCUACAGCGAGGGCUGCCUGGGCCAGACAGGGGCUCGGAUCUGGCUCUUCAUCGGCUUCAUGAUGGCUUUUGGGUCCCUCAUUGCCUCCAUGUGGAUCCUGUUUGGGGGCUACGUGGUUAAAGAAAAACCAGUGGUGUACCCAGGAAUAGCAGUGUUUUUCCAGAAUGCAUUCAUCUUUUUUGGGGGCCUGGUGUUCAAGUUUGGCCGCACAGAGGAUUUGUGGCAGUGAACCCCCCCUGGAAUGCCCUGGGCUUUAACUGCACCCCAAAAAGUUUUGUAAAACCAUUUUGUAAACCUUCCAUUGUGUCUGAAGAGAAAUCAAGGAAAGCUGAAAGCACUAAAUCGAGCUCUAUUCUGGUUAUUUUUUUUACUCUUGUACAUCCACUUCAGUGUUGUGGUGUUUUUGAGAAAUGUAAAAUUGCUACAAACAACAGUGGAGUCACUUUUCUAAAAUGAUGUUUGUUACAAAUAAAAGGAGAGUGGAAUAUGGAUGUAUUUAA